AUGUUAUUUCCAACCAUUUUUAUCCUUUCAAUUCUAAUUACUUCAAAAGCACAUCCGCAAUUUCGUAAAUUGGUAUGCGUAACGAAAGAUUUAUCCAAAAAAAGUGGCAAUGAUACAUCGAAAUGUCAUUUAGUAUUGAAAGAUACGGAAGAUGAAGAACCAGGUCGAGCAGCACCGAAAGAAGCAGGAUGUUUUACGGAAAGAUACAAUACAACAAUCAGUCGGGUUUUCUGCGAUAUUUUUUGUCCAAAUGCUCAUACGGUUUUUCAUUCAGCAUUCGAACUAUUCCAUCCUUCUUGCUUUCAAUACCAUAAUUAUCAAUUGAUAGAGCGUGAAAACGACUGGUACAUGUGGAGAUCUGAUCGAUGUUUGAAUUCAACGGCGACAUUUUAUUUCGGAUGUAAAUUCAACGAACCCUUCCGCAAAAAGUACUCAAAUGAUGCAGAAAUUUUUAGAAUUUUAAAGAGUCGACGAAAAGCCUAA